AUGGCAACACAGAAGUCGAAAGACUGUCUAAGAUGCAAAAAAUUCAACCAAAUAUGUGGAAAUUACCACGAGCCCUGCAACUCCCAUACGCAUAUGCAGCAAACACCGUCAAACGGAGGCCCAGCUACCUAUUCAAUAGUCAGGAACCUACAAACGUUCAGUGAAGCCAAAUCUACGACAAGGACGAAACUAACCUCCAAAACCAAGGAACCAAGAAAUUUUUGUUGCCCUUCUAGCUGCGUCAAAAUAUCCAAUCGUGCACGGGGUAACCACUGCUUCCCUAACACCCCCAACCGCAGUAUGCUAAGAACAGAUAUACCUUUAUUGAGAACGAUGGAAUCGAACGAAAAAAUCUCGUGGCCUAACGAGCGACGCUACAAUAACAGAACGCUUGACAAUUUAAAAGACUUCCAUGUGCAACAAACAAACAACUUUAGAAUCAACCAAGAUAAAGCUUGUACUUAUUCAGUAAUAAAGCCACAUGUACAUACUACAAAAAUCGAGGAAUCAAACGAGGACGUGUCAUGGCCUUUCGUUGUUUGCUGCGGCAAUACCUUCAAUAAUUUAAACGACUACAACAUUCAUCGAAUGAUCAACUGCAACACUAGCCGAGCCCGAGUUUGUACACAGGUACCCACCACAAAAACUGAGGAACGAAACAAAAAAGUUAUGUGGCCUUGCAAACGCCGAUGCGGCAAAUAUUUCGAUCAUUUGGAUGAUUACCACGUGCAUAAUGCGAGCAACUGCCAGACUAGCCGAGCCCAAGUUUGUAGUUCAUCGGCAACACAGGUACCCACUACAAAAACCGAUGAAGAAAACAAAAAAAUCUUGUGGCCUUGCAAACGCAACUGUGGCAAAAUGUUCGAUAACUUGAAUGACUACCGCGUACAUCAAACUAGCCACUGCAAGACUAGCAGAGCCCAAGUUUGUAGUUCAUCGGCAACACAGGUACCCACUACAAAAAUCGAUGAAUCGAACAAAAAAAUUUCGUGGCCUUGCAAACGCAACUGUGGCAAAUCAUUAGAUCAUUUGGAUGAUUACCACGUGCAUAAUGCGAGCAACUGCCAGAUUAGCCGAGCCCAAGUUUGUAGUUCAUCAGCAACACAGGUACCCACCACAAAAACCGAGGAUUCAAACAAAAAAUUAUGGGUAUGCGAUCGCCGAUGCGGCAAAUCUUUCGAUCAUUUGGAUGAUUACCACGUGCAUAAUGCGAGCAACUGCCAGACUAGCAGAGCCCAAGUUUGUAGUUCAUCGGCACCCCAUGUACCCACCACAAAAACUGAGGAACCAAACGAAAAAAUCUCGUGGCCUUGCAAACGCCGAUGUGGCAAAUCAUUCGAUCAUUUGGAUGAUUACUACGUGCAUAAUGUGAGUAUGUGCAAGACCAGUAAAGCUGAAAUUUUCUACUCCUGUUCGUUAUGCCCGCGUUCGUUUAGUAGACCUGAUUUGUUGAGAUGCCAUAUGAAAGGCCACACAAAGGAGCGCAGUAAUUAA